AUCUGAACUGUAGAAGAUUUAAUACUGUCCUGUUCCAAGUCUUCUCCUGCUCCUAAAGUUGACUCUUACACCUGGCUGAAGUUCAAAAACAAUCCCCAGUACCUGCAAAGUAUGUUUACUACAUCACACAGAUAAAUGAAGCCCAGGAAAGAUGGACUGUGGGAAGAGUUUUACUCAAGAGAGUGAUCUCGAAAUACACCGGCGCAUUCAUACAGGAGAGAAACCACAUCGAUGUUCAGACUGUGGAAUGAGUUUCAAUCGAUUGAAUAAUCUCAAACUACAUCAGCACAUUCACACAGGAGAGAAACCACAUCGAUGUUCAGACUGUGGGAUGAGUUUUACUCGAUUGAGUAAUCUUAAACGACAUCAGCACAUUCACACAGGAGAGAAACCGUUUCAAUGUUCAGACUGUGGAAGUAGUUUCAAUCGACUUGGUCAUCUCCAACAACACGGGCGCAUUCACACAGGAGAGAAGCCAUAUCACUGUUCAUACUGUGGGAUGAGUUUUAAUUCUCAAAGCAUUCUUAAAAGACACCAGCGCAUUCACACAGGACAGAAACCAUAUGAUUGUUCAGAAUGUGGGAAAAGUUUUAACCAACUGAACACGCUCAACGCACACCAGCGCAUUCACACAGGAGAGAAACCACAUCAGUGUGUAGAGUGUGGGAGGAGUUUUAAUAAACUAAGUAAUCUGAACACCCAUCAGCGUAUUCACACAGGAGAGAAACCAUAUCAGUGUUUAGACUGUGGGAAGAGUUUUAAUCAACAGAACGCUCUCAAUAUACACCAGCGCAUUCACACAGGAGAAAAACCAUAUUACUGCACAGAGUGUGGGAAGAAUUUUAAGGAACUGAGACACCUCCAACGGCACCAGCGCAUUCACACAGGAGAAAAGCCAUAUUAUUGUUCGGACUGUGAAAGGAGUUUUAGUCAACUUAGUAGUCUUAGAAAACAUCAGCACAUUCACACAGGAGAGAAACCAUAUUGCUGUUCAGACUGUAAGAGAGGUUUUAGUCAACUUAGCAUUCUUAGAAAACACCAGCGCAUUCACACAGGAGAGAAACAGUAUUGCUGUUCGAAGUGUGAGAAGAGCUUCAGACAUUCAAGUACAUUUAAAAAACACAAGUGUGGUAACAGAGACCAAAGGAGCAAUUGAAGAUGACCACCCAACACCGGUAUUUUAUAUUGUUUUAAAAAUGUAGAUCCUAUAGUAGUGCUGGUCAUUACGAAGCAUUUGAAGUAUUGACAUAGUAGGACCUAUUGUGUUUGAAAAUUAUUCAGUGUUAAAAAACUUUUGUCAUCUAUUUACAUGCUGCCAUUUAGUGUCCCGUUUAAUUCCCCACAAUGACUGUUUCAUUUUGAUUAUCGUCUGUUAAUUGAAGCUCAUUCACACAAAUAUGCUUUUAUUGCAAAAAAAUUAAAUGAUUUUCUAUUUAAUAUUAAUUGUGGAGAAAGAAAAUGUGUAAAGCUGAAAAUGUUUAUGUAAAAACAAUUUGUUUUGCUGUGUUGGGUUAAGACAGCUUCUUUUUAUAUACAAAAUAUUUGAAAAAAAGACAAAUGAAAACAUAACACGUUUUACAAUUAUCCGGUUUCACUCUGCAAAAAUGGCCUUGGGUAUUUUAAUCUUUGCAGCUGUUUUAGUGACAUUACGAAGCUUUGUUCACUGUUAUCAGACAACUUUUGUGUUUGAAGGGAGACACUGAAUCAUUGUUUUGAUUUAGUUUGCUUCAGUGCUACACACACUAGCACACCAGCACUACCAUUUCAGUCAGUCAUGUUAAACCUACAAAAAGUCAGUAUGCAAAAAUGCAGACAUUUAGAAAUCAGAAAUCCACAUUGGUUUGGUGAAUUACUAGAUGGAAAAUUCUGUGUGAGUCUGUGGAAUUCAAUUACCUUGUAUCUCAUAAAUGCAAGCAUACAGCACUGCAAUAAUUAAAAAAGAAUGAAAUGAA